AUGGAAGAUACAACGCUAACUUCGAAACUUAUGGUUGAUUUACUUUCAGAAAAUGUCCCUUUAAUUACUGAAGAGACAGAAUUUAAAUCUUCAAUUGGAAUAUCACCUUCAAAAAUUCCUGAUCCUAUCACAUACGCCGAUAAGAUUGGUAAUAAUUAUGAUUCAGCAAGAAAAUUACUCUUCACUACUAAAUCUUUAAAUACAUAUCACUACCAUCAACAGCCAUUGAUGGUUUUCAAUAAAAAUAAAGAUGAGAAUAAUAAAAGAAAACUUGAACACACUGAUAAUAAUCUUGAUAGCAAUAAUAAUAACAAUAGAUCAAGAAAAAAAUUAAUUUAUACCAAUAAAUCAUUAUUAAAUACAAAUAGGAGAUAUUAG